UAUUAGAUUGCGCCAUUAUUUUCUUCAAAGUUUACUUACACGUUUCAUCUAGUGGAAAAAAAUGAAGCUCUUGUUAAUGUCGUUGCGGAGGACAGCACUCAUCCUUGCUCAUCCACGACUUGUGAGAAGGACUAUUGCUGCCUCUACGCUCUCGUCCUCGACGAUGAGCGCAAGAAGGAUCACCACGACCACUGCCACAAGCGCGGCAGCUUCCCCAACGUAUCGUCCAGGAAUGCACCUUGCCCUUGAAC